AUGGCUGACGUUGAACAAACAUCUCCAGAAGAUGUCAAAAAUCAGACAUAUUAUGAGAAAUUGAUGGAGAAUCCGUAUGUUAAGCAGGCCAUCAAUGUCUACUCGAAAACAAAGGAAAUUCAUCCGUUGGUGAAUUCGACCCUCACCGCUGCUGAACAGAAGGCCUUUGACAGUUAUAAUACUCUUUACGUGAAGCCAAAGGAAAACGCUUGCGAAUAUCUAUCAUAUGGUCAGGAAAAGGCGAAGAAUGCUGUUGAGACCAGUAAACAAGCCGCAAUUCUCGGUGGAACCUAUGGUAUUGGCGCCGCCGUUGUUCUCACCCAAUUUUCAUUGGCUCUGAGCGCUGGAGGCGCAUCUAUGAUUUUGGAUCAGGUUGAUAAUGCGAAGCAGAUUGGAGCCGGAACGUUGUCGUCGUUGAGACAAGCACAGCUUGCCAUUGAGCACAGAAUCAUGUCGGCAGUUCACCAGGCACAACGCAUGGCUAUGGUGCCAAUAGAAAAAAUAUCUGAAAAUACGAACGCUCUUCUCGAUAUUCUCGAUGCUGCCAUUGAAAAUGCCCUUCAAGUGAAAGUUACUAACGCCCCAGAAGCGACAAUCACUCAACGAGUGUCAAAUCUGGCAUCCGUCAUCGUACAAGGAUUAUCACAGAAGGCGCACAAUCAUGUCAUUGAUCCCGUCAAUGACCAAGUCAAUAUCCUUCUUGAAAAAUUGAGCAAAAGCUUUAUUUUGGUUGAUGUGUUGAGGGCUCAGAAGCAAUGGGUUGUUGAUAAGGUUGGAGAAGUGUCGUCAACAGUAUCAGAGUACAAGAAACAAAUCGAAACGGAAGCUGCUCAAUACAAAGUCGCCCCUGAAGAAAUGUUGAUGAAGAGCAUUCGAAGCACCUCAUUGCAGCUCAGUGAACGUCUUAAAUCUCUUCGCGAAAAGGGGCAAAACGUUUUUGGAGAUAACAACCGCAUUGACUCGGCAAUCGAUUAUUUGGAGAAACUCGAGAAGAACUUCACAGACGCUGAAAAUGUGUACAAAGUUCGAGAUGAGGUCCUCAACGAAGCCAGACAACGCCUGACCGAGUUCACAACUCUCGCCUCAAAUCUCCUGGUCCGUCCACAAACAGAGUAA